AUGCUGCUCACAGUCGUACUCAUGUUUUGUUUGACCAGUGUUCAAGAUAUAUUUAAUGAGGAAAUCGGUAACGAAUAUGUAUUCACUGACCAAUCCGUGUCGUCAACCAUUGCGGAGCAGUCUUCGUAUAUACCCGGCUUAGAUUUGGUUCCACUGACACCCAUACCCGUCCCAUCCCAUGCCUAUAAGCCGUGUGACGAUGUGUCAGCACUGAGACAGUUGUCAAUGGAUAGCGAGGACAGGACUGACGAAGAGGAACAGUAUGUGUUUGUUUUCAAUUAG